GCUUGGAUACUGCUCAAAGUUUGCGGAAGUUUAGUUUUUACAGCUAACGUGCAAAGUGGAAGUUCCCCGUCAGGAGGCUAAAAUCAAAAACACGUGAUUGUUUUUGUUGUACUUCAAUAGAUGGACCUCCGUUCUGAGAAAAUACAGCGGAUCCUCUCCAAGUACAAAUUCCACGAUGUUGCUGUUGAGGAGCUGCAGAAGAUUUAUCGAAUCUACCCUGAGAUGAUGCCAUCCACAGGGACAUACACAUUCAGUGACAACACCCAAAAAGAUCUCCUGAAAUUAAUUGGCAACGUCCCUGUGAAUUAUGGCGGCCGCCCCUACAACAUUCCCAUUCAGCUGUGGUUGAUGGACUCCUUCCCCUUCACCCCUCCCAUAUGCCUCCUGAGACCCACCUCCAACAUGGUCAUCAGAGAGGGCAAACAUGUCGACAAGGAGGGGCGGCUCCACCUGCCCGGCCUGCACAACUGGGAUUAUCCCAAGUCCACCGUGGUAGGUCUUCUGACUGAGAUGAUUUCCAAGUUUGAGGAGGACCCUCCCCUAUCCUCAAAGACGACAGUAGACAAUAAAGACCCCCAUGAGCUCCUGGCAUUUGUUUCUAAUCUCCAGAUCAAUGAUGGUGAGAGAACACAUGAUCAACAGAAUAUCAAAGUGUCUGUUAUCGGGGGAGGAGAUUUAGGAAUGUCAUCGGUGAUGAGCAUUUUAUCAAAGUGUAAAGUGGACAAACUUGUUUUCAUUGACGUCGCUGAGAGCUCCACAAAGGGCGGCAGCACAGAUCUAGAGAUUUUCAGUCUGCCGAAGGUGGAGGUAUCCAAAGAUUUGUCAGCCUCUGCGGGCUCCAGGGUCGUCGUGGUGACCGCGAACUCAUGGAGCAGCGAGCAGUCGUACGCGAGCGUGGUCCAGAAUAAUGUGGACAUGUACAGAGGGAUCAUUCCAACUGUAGCACAGCUCAGCCCCAACGCAGUAAUGCUUAUCGCCUCACAGCCAGUGGACAUCAUGUCCCAUGUUGCCUGGAGACAGAGUUGCCUGCCUCCGACACAUGUGAUCGGAGCGGGGUGUAACCUGGACUCAGAGCGUCUCAGUCACAUCCUGGACAUUAACCUGAACACCCACAAACCAGCCUGGGUCAUAGGAGAACUUUCAGACAACAAAGUUGCCGUGAUGAGUAAAACUGGGCAUAGCUCCAAUGUGCAGCCGGAGAUCGCAGCAGGAUCCAGCUCAACCAAACCACUGUUAGACAGAGCGUUUGAGAUGAUGAAUCGCGGUCAGCGCUCAUGGUCUGUCGGUCUGUCCAUCGCUGACAUCACUAACAGUAUCCUGACAAAUAAAAUGAAGACACACUCUGUCUCCACGCUGGCUCAGGGCUGGGGUGGAAUAGGUGCAGAGGUGUUUCUCAGCUUGCCGUGCAUCAUGGGAACAAACGGUUCCAUGCGCCUGGCCGGGGUGUCUCUGGGACAGGAGGAAGACUCCAAACUGAGGGAAAGUGUCACCUCGCUUUCUAACCUCAUCAGCCAGCUGAGGAUAUGAAGGAUGUGAUCCUAGUCCCAGUUUGGGAGACGGCUAACCAGUUAGCUAACUAUUACUAGGAUUUUGAAGUUAAUGACAAAACUGCUAAAAUAUGUAUGUCAUAAUGUCUGUGUAUUUAAGGUGGGUUAAUAUCAAUGUACAGAUUUUGUAUUUAAAUUCACUCCAGAGGUUACUCAUUGUGUCUCAAAGUUUGCAAUAACACUCCAAAUGAAUGCACUGUUAUAUUUUUGGAAAGCCAUGAAAUUCUAUGUAAAAACAUUAAAAGUAGAGUGAUGUUUUUAACAACUAUAUUUUUGUUGAAUUUGGCGGCUUGUUUACCAAAGAUUUGGAGAUUAUGCUUAUUUUUGUUGUCACCCAUUAAUUAAAUAAUUACUUUGAAAAUCAGGGUGUCGUCAGAUAAAAUGCAUGUUUAUUACACUGCAGCUCAUAUUUUAAUAUACUUAUUAGCGGUCUUUUUGCUCUUUCUGUAUUUAAUGCAAUAAGCUCAAGUGAUGUUAUAUUUAAAUCUUUGUUCUGUUGUUUCCUUUGUGUGAAACACUUUGCAUCUAAAACAUGUACAGGAAGACUACACCAUUGUGUGGGUGUGCAAUAAAUGUCUUAAACCA